AUGAAGAAAUGGAAUGCAAAGAAGAAAGAGUUUACCAACAGGCUGGAUGGACAGUGGAGGGAGAAGGCCUCCAGUAUCAAACGCUGGAGUUUCGACAUCGUAAAGCCUGACCGCAGGCGUACCUAUCAACAGAGAAAUAACAGCGCGAACGUUCCUCCUAAAUCGCCGAAGUUCCAAAAGUCACCUCGCCCCCGGAUUUCGUCCACCGAAGCUGAUACGGAAAGGCGUCACGAUGAACAGAAGGAGCAACGAUAUGGUAAAUUAGUGUUGAAAGAAUUGAACCAGAGCACACAGGCCUUGAUCCCUCCCGGGCAAAAGGGAACUUGGCCAAUCGUAUCGAGAAAAGACAAUCCCGGGAAAGAUCGAGUUUUCAUUCCCAUUGCGACACCAGGCCGAGAACAUCUCGAGUCCAACAAGUCUGGCGGGAAUGCCAUGUCUGGUGUAAGGCCGUCGAGAAGCAUUGACUCAGACAAUCAUGAGGGCGAUCUCAAGGCUUUGGCUACAAGCGGUACCAGCAAACAGUCCAAUGGGAACUGGCCCGAGGUGACUCAAAACUUGGCCAGGAGGAACAUGGCGCGUUUGGACAGAUUUCGUCAGACAUCCAAGCUCUCUGAAGAGUCCAUUAAAAUCCUCGACAUAUAUGAAGACAAGCUGCGACUUGAUAUCAAAGGGAUCCUUGACCAGGAAAAAGUUCAAGGAGGUUUCUCCUUGACUAUCCGCAGAGGCAAGAUGGCAGGUUAUUGGAUCAUCGACAUCAUGACGGAGAGUACCUUGAACAGUACUAUCGUGGACAAGCUGGACUCGGCCAAAAAUGCCUGCCUCCCUCCAACGACCAGAGACAAAGUGGAGUUCGACCUUCGUGGUGGAGAGGUUGAGCUCUCAUGCGAUAGCAGCAUUGACACAUCAUCUCAAGUCGAUGAUCAGUUUGAUAACCCCAUAAACAUUUUUAAGUAUAACGACAUGCACUUCGGAGACUCUGUAGGCCCGCCUUGGAGGAAUGCUAGUGCCACACUGGGCCCCAUGGUUGAGAUCAACGCGACUCCAUAUUGGCUCCUCAAUUGGCACACGUUCGACGACGAGCAAGCACGUGGCACCAGUUCUUGGGACCAAAGCCGUCCUCCUUCAAUCAUUGCUGUGCACCCUUCCCCUGAUGAUAUGGCGGCCGGCUCAGCCAAUGAAGAAGAAGGGAUUGAAGUUGGCCACGCAGUUGCUUACUCCGGACAAAUGUACACAACCACCCGGCUGUCCGAGUGCCCUGCUUCUGAUGGAAGGGUUAAGCGUGUGCGUGUAGUAACAGACUGGGUCUUGAUCAAAGCAAAGACCCUAGCCAAGGUCAACAAAGUGAGGGACAUAACUCUUCCUGAGAGGUGCGAUUCGUUCGCCCGCACCAUCAAGGAAACCGGAGACCCAGAGCGACAAGGAGACAAUUUUGUUUACUCAGUCGGACGGAGUAGUGGUUUGACAUACGGCCGGCUGGGACCCGUCCUUGCCGAUGUCAGACACAAGAAUGGAUGCGAGACUCGGGAGUGGUAUGUUGAGAACAUAACCGACUUGGAGGGAUGGCGCAAAGGCGGUAUGGGCAUCCCUGGCGAUUCAGGUGCUGGUAUCAUCGAUGCUCAAUCACACAAGCUCCUGGGUCAGCUAUGGGGCCGUAACAAGUACGCGGGCAAUCCUAGUGAACCACGCGUAGCGUAUUUCACCAAAAUCUCGACCGUCUUCGAUGAUAUCCAGGAACGAUUCCACGAAGCACGCGAUUUCAGGCCCAGAUUGCCGCAGGAAACACCAGCGUCUCCCACUGAUGCGGACGGGCUUGGAAGCAUUCACGAGUCGGCGGAAGCGGGUCUUGGUACGUCGUCAAUGGAGACGAACGAACCCAACACCAGUCACCCCUUCAACUGGGAAAGGAGAUCCAAUGCGCGUGGGAUACUUCUCAGCCAAAGAUGUGGUGCUUUGGUGGUCGUAGCUCGACACGCAAAGACAUGGCCGAUGGCCGUCUCAGCUGGCGUAGUCGUUCAUUGA